UGAAACCACAUGGUACUCAGCCACUUGUUCCUACUCAGCUAUUUGCCGAAAAUGAUGAUAUUUCCGUAAUGCACAAUGAACUUAAUGUCAUGGAAAACGGUUUAGCUGAACAGACACGACUGCUUCUUUCUGCAUUAGAUGAUGGAGAUAUUAAACUGGCUAACGAGCUGUCAAAAGACCAUAAUUUGAAAUUGCAACAAUUUUUCAAAUUAAACUCAGCGUUGAUAAAAACGUACCAGGUCAAAGUGAAACUCCUUAAUGUUCCUGGAGGUGUUAAAAUAACUGAUUCCCAAGAAAAGCAAAUUAAUAAAGAAAUCAAAGAGAUGGAAGAAAUGUGCAACCUAAAUCUGAAAAACAAUAGUGAUGUACAAGGUGUAUUUGAUAACAACAUCUUCAGUGACUUAUUAAAAGUUUUUCAAGAAAAGUGCCCUCUACUGCACAGUGUUCUCCAGACACUUUUAAUAACUGAUAAAAGAAAACGAGUGUACAAAUCACCCGAGAAUAAACUGACAUGUGGUGUAAAUGCACUGUCCUUGUUACUGAGUGUACGGAAUGAGAAAUGCAGAAAUGAUGUUUGA